AUGUCGGUGGUGAGGUCCAUGCAGCUGGUGAUCCCGAAGGAGGUCUACGUGGCCGGAUCUGACGUGGACGGGCGGCUGGAGUUGAGUCUCCACAGCACACUGGUGGACCCCCUGGUGAAGGUCGAGCUGAUCGGAAGGGGUUACCUGGAGUGGAUGGAAGAGGCUGACGUCAAGAAGGACUACAGCCAGCCAGCCACGUGUGUCAACAAAGCUGAUUAUGUCCACAAGACGAAAACCUUCAAGAUACAGCGGAGCUGGCUGGGUCCUGGCGUCCACACUUUUGACUUCCACUUCGUCUUACCUCCCAGGAUCCCAUCAACCUUCACAAGUCGGGUGGGCCGGAUCUCUUACUUCCUCCAAGCCAUUUGUGCUACGCGGGAACUUAUCCUUGGGAAGCAGAAGAGGUAUCUGAUGGUGCAAGGGAUCUCCAUCUUCCGCCAAGACAUUGUGGAAUCGGAGAAACUCAGCUUGAGCAUAGACAAAGGUUUGGAAAGGGAGCUCUGA